AUGGCUCCAACACGUGGUCAACGAAAAAGUGAAACAGUUGCCGCAUCGUCAUUUUCAUUAGAACGACAAUUAUUAUCCGAUAUUGAUGAAUCAAUUCAUUAUGACUAUGGCGAUGAAGAUGAUCAACAACAGAAUAAAAAAGAUCAAGAUGAUGAAGAUUCCAAUGAAAAUCCAAUUGAUCCAUUUUCAACAAAACAAUUUCAAUCAAAACGACGACGAGGAUUUCGAAAGAAACCCCGACCAUUUAGUGAAGAAGAUAUUGAAGCUUUACAACAAUUAUCAUGUGCAAAAGCUUUUUCAAGAUUUCAUUCACGAAUGAAAAGAGAAGCACAAACAGAUGAAUCUAUUGGAGAUUAUCUCAAAGCUUGUGCUUUAUUAGCAACAAAAUUACGUCAUUGUAAAAAUGAAUUCUUAGAAGGUGAUGAUGCUGAUCAACAAAUUGAAACUUAUUAUAAUGAUCGAUUAGAAGAAUAUUCAACUUUAUCGAAACAAGAAUUUCUUAAUUUAGCUGAACGAUACAAAUCAGAUAUUCAUCAUACAAUCGAUAAAUGGUUGAAAAAACGAUCGAAAUCAAGAUCACAUGCGAAGAAAAAUAAUCCUGGAGAAUAUAAAAGAAACAUGUUAUCGGAUGCUUUAGAAGCUCUCGCAAAAAAAUAA